GAGCUGCUGGGUGUGUUUUGCCACAGACGAGGAUGACCGCACAGCAGAGUGGGUGCGUCCGUGUCGCUGCCGCGGCUCCACUAAGUGGGUUCACCAGGCCUGCCUGCAGCGCUGGGUGGACGAGAAGCAGCGGGGAAACAGCACAGCACGCGUGGCCUGCCCACAAUGCAACGCAGAGUACCUCAUCGUCUUCCCCAAACUGGGCCCUGUUGUCUACGUGCUGGACUUGGCCGACCGGCUUAUCUCUAAGGCCGGCCCCUUCGCUGCAGCCGGCAUCAUGGUGGGCUCCAUCUACUGGACGGCUGUGACCUACGGAGCGGUCACUGUCAUGCAGGUGGUUGGCCAUAAGGAGGGUUUGGACGUCAUGGAGCGGGCAGACCCUCUGUUCCUGCUCAUCGGCCUGCCCACCAUCCCCGUCAUGCUGAUCCUGGGGAAGAUGAUCCGCUGGGAGGACUAUGUGCUGCGUCUGUGGAGGAAGUACUCCAACAAACUGCAGAUCCUCAACAGCAUCUUCCCAGGAAUCGGCUGCCCAGUUCCUCGUAUCCCGGCGGAGGCCAGCCCUCUAGCGGACCACGUGUCAGCCACGCGGAUCCUGUGCGGUGCCCUCGUCUUUCCUACCAUCGCCACCAUCGUCGGGAAGCUCAUGUUCAGCAGCGUAAACUCCAACCUGCAGAGGACCAUCCUGGGAGGAAUCGCCUUUGUGGCCAUCAAAGGGGCGUUCAAGGUCUACUUCAAACAGCAGCAGUACAUGAGACAAGCCCACCGCAGGAUCCUUAACUUCCCCCCCGAGCAGGAGGAGGCCUGAGGAGGCUCCGAGGAGGAUCUGAGGACAGCCGGGUGGAGCGGGGAGUAAAAAGAAAAAAAACUGUCAGACUGUGAACAGGAAGUGCUGAUAAAACAUUUAGCAUCAGUGUCACCCUUUAUCUCCCUCACACCUUUCACCCCUUCUGGACUGACUCCUCCACAACAACAUGGCACCUUUUUAUAAACCUCCAUGAGCUGAAGCCCGACUGGAGCACGAUAACACACACGCACACUCACACACCUGUGGUGGAUGUGCUUAAACAAUCACAUGACUAACCCUUAUUGUGAACUUACUGUAUUUUAAAGGAGGAGUGCGGGGCAUGUGUAAUUAGGUUUUAUAAUAUCAAUAAUAAAUAAUCAUUGUUUUAUAAAGGUUUAUUUUGCAGAUUUGAAGCCCUGCCUUCGCCAAUGUUUGCGUUUCUAUCGAGCAAGGAGCGAUGUUCAGUGUGGAAUGUAUUAAAGAUGAAUGAAUAAAUCGUGUUUAACCAUCGUGACUCAACACAACACACAGA